CAUAGAAUCACGAUUGCUACACACUAGACUAGGCUGUAGUCUAGAUAGAUCUAUUAAGUCUACAAAACAAUCUGAAAUUUCGUUGGGAGAUUACGUGUGGGCAUUUUUCAUUGAGUUACUCGGCGCCUGGAGCUGCAUCUAUUUUCAUAUCACAAAAAAUCCUUUAUUAUAAAAAUGUGGAUACAAGUCAGAUCAAUCAGUGGAUCCAAAACAGUGAGAAUCGACGACCUGAGUAAGUUGACAAAAAUUGAAGAUUUGAGAAAACGUCUUGUGGAGCCUUUCGAUGCCGAACCAGAUAAACAGCGGCUUUUCUUUCGCGGGAAGCAGAUGGAAGAUGGUCAUACACUGUUUGACUACGAUGUUGGCUUAAAUGAUCUGAUUCAAAUAUUAAUACGAAAGAAUGUAUCAUAUCCCACCUCAGCUGAAAAGGUAGAAAGUGGAGAUGAAGAGAAGAGUAGCGAAAACACUGAUGAUGGUAGCAGUUCAGAUAAGGAGAAUAAAGAACCUAUUGUCCCGAUUGAGACAGCUUCAGUUAGUUCAGAUGGGGCUAUUUAUAAGGUUGGUGAUAUAAUUGAUGCCAGGGAUGUCGGCAUAGGGGCUUGGUUUGAAGCCAAGAUAAUUAAAGUUGAGCCUGAAAUUCAUGCUGACAUCAAGCAAAGACUGCAGGAGAAUGCAAACUCUGGAUCUGCCCCAAGUAAGGAAAGCAACUCUACAAAUGUUGAUGAGAAUGACAACCCUAGUAAGAAAGUCAGUGAUGUAUCUGCCCACAAGAAACCACCGGCUGCCUUAGAUUUUGGUACACCAGAUGGAUUUACAUAUCACAUAUGUUUUGACAAGUACCCAGAAGAUGUCUUAAAAGUGCUUAGUACAGAAAUUCGACCUCGUGCUCGCACUCUGCUUAAAUUUCAAGAUGUAGAAAUAGGACAGCACAUAAUGGCCAAUUACAACUACGAAGAGCCAGAGAGAAGAGGAUUUUGGUAUGACUGCUACAUAACUGGCAAGAGAGAUACAAGAACAAUAAAAGAACUGACAGCAACUGUCUAUAUAGGUUGUGGCCUUACCCCUCUAAACAACUGCCGUCUUCUUUUUGUCAAAGAACUUUUUGGCAUUGAAUUACCAGGCAGUCAGUUGACAGAGGAAGAUGUUGCUUCCAAUCCUAAUGCUAAUAUAGAGAAAAGAGAGAACAAACCAGAGUGUGAUGUAUGCAAUGACAACCCAACAAAGAAGUGCAAGGACUGCGGGUGUGUCAUGUGUGGUGACAAGAAAGAUCCAGAGAAGACCAUUCUUUGUGAUGAAUGUAACAAGGCCUAUCACCUGUACUGCUUGAAUCCACCUCUGGCAACUGUUCCAGAAGAAGAUGAAUGGUAUUGUCCAAAUUGCAAGAACGAUGAUACUGCUAUCGUGAGAAUAGGUGAAAAACUGAAAGCUAAUAAAAAGAAAUCUAAAAUGGCAUCUGCAAACAGUACCAGUAACAGAGAUUGGGGAAAGGGUAUGGCUUGUGUUGGUCGUAGUAAAAUGUGCACAGUUGUUCCAUCUCACCAUUAUGGGGCUAUACCUGGUGUGGAAGUCGGCACUUUGUGGAAGUUCAGGGUUCAGGUUAGUGAAGCUGGCGUGCAUAGACCUCAUGUUGCUGGUAUACAUGGUAGAGAAGAAGAUGGCGCUUAUUCUAUUGUUUUGUCUGGCGGAUAUGAAGAUGACAAGGAUGAUGGUGAUGAGUUUUAUUACACUGGCAGUGGUGGUAGAGAUCUUUCUGGAAACAAGCGAACAGCUGAGCAGUCCUGUGACCAAACUCUAACACGAAUGAACAAGGCUCUUGCUAAAAACUGCAAUGCUCCAGUAGAUAACAAAAAAGGUGCUUCAGCUAAAGACUGGAAGGGAGGCAAGCCUGUGAGGGUUGUGCGUAAUUGUAAAGGCCGGAAACAUUCUGAUUAUGCUCCAGAAGAAGGGAACCGCUAUGAUGGUAUUUACAAGGUGGUGAAAUACUGGCCUGAGAAAGGCAAAUCUGGUUUUCUUGUGUGGCGCUACUUAUUGCGUCGUGAUGACCCUAUCCCUGCUCCAUGGACAGAAGAUGGCCAAAAGAGAAUUGAAGAGCUAGGUUUAAAAAUGCAGUAUCCUGAAGGCUAUGUAGAGGCUGAGAAAGAAAAAGAAAGUAAUGAAACACCUGGGAAAAAGGGCAAGAAGCGAAAAACAGAUGCAGAAAAAACAACAGAUGUUGACAGUACCCCAGAACCAUCUGCCAAAAAGACCAAAGUGGUUAAAUAUUCCAUUGAAUCUGGCAUAAAGAAAUUAAUAUCAGAAGAUAGUGUCAACAAAAAGCUUUGGAAUGAAGCAUUGUCUUUUGUUAAAGAAGGUUCAAAGGUUUUUCACGAUAAAGUUGAGGAAAUUUUUCUCUGUAUAUGCUGCCAAGACUUGGUCUGUAAACCCAUCACCUUGUCCUGUUCACACAAUAUUUGCAAGUCUUGUCUACAACGGUCUUUCAAGGCUGAAGUCUAUUCCUGCCCUGCCUGCAGGGCUGACCUUGAUCAGAAAAUGACCCCAACUAUCAACUCCAAACUGUCCCAAAUUUUGAAUAAUUUAUUCCCUGGAUAUGAAGCAGGGAGAUAAUCUUGACUUAAUGCAGUUAUCUAUCUUCAAGUAUUAAUUAGUACAUUUUAAAAAAUACUGUUGAAAGAGGACCUUCAUUUUAAUUAAGUUUUAAUAUUAGCUGGUUUUUAAUAUAAUGUGUAAUGUUAAUAGAAGUUAUGUUGGAUAAUGUAUUAAGGCUGGACAGUGCUGUAUUAGACCUAGUGUAUAUUGAUUUUACAAUAUUGCAAGUGUCCAUUUUGUAUCAUUUUUUCCCCUGGGUAUUCUCAUUUUUAGGAACUAAUUAAUGCACAUUAUAUGUGCCCAGUUUCUGCAGCAUUUUGAUUCUUGCAACAUUUAUUUACAUGUUUACACAUUUUUUGUGAAUAAUAUCACUUCAAUAAGCAAUUUUUUUAUUAUUAAAUAUUUUUUCUUAUCUAGCAUUUAGCUUGUUCUAAAAUGUUUGAUCAAAUGAAAUUUUUAACUAUUAUGAUGCAUCACUUGAUGGUUGCGUAAUUGAGCAUGUACAGUUUAGUGUUGGAAGACAAGUUUGUAGUUAGUAAGUCUCAAACCCCCACUUACAAUUUAUUAAGAAUCCUUUUAAAAAUAUCAGUUUAAAAGUGUCCCUUACAGUAUAAUGCAACUAGUAUAUUUUGUAUUUGCUAAUAAAAUAAUUUUACUUUUUCUUAAUUCAUUUGGCAAAAAUUGAAAAAUGUAAUCACAUUUUCUUUUAUACAUAAUUUUGAAUAGAUUUAUUUGAUUUAGAAUGGAAAUGGAAGUUUUGAUAAGUUUUACGUUUUUGUAUUUACAGCAUGAGUUACAUAAAUAAAGUCUUGUGUGUUUUUUUAAAAAUGAUUUUAAAAGAUUCAAAGAAAUGCAUUAUACAGAAUAUGAAUGAGUUAAAUUUUUAUGAGAAAUUUAUUCAAACCCAUUUUUAUGUUAUUUUAUGUAGCUUUGUUUUUUAAAAGAAUUAAAUAGUUUUGAACCCAAUAUUUCUUUAAUUACCUAUUGGUAGCAUCAACUGUUGAGUUGAUAUGAUUAUCUUGAAUUUCAUAGUAAAUAUGUUCCAUUAAUGUGAUUACCACACUCUCAGAAUUGUGCCUUAUUUCCUUGCAUGUGAUUGUAAACUGUAGAAGCCUAUAGCAUUAUAAUUAUUAAAAAUGGAUUGUAUUUACAAUUAAAAAUAAAACAAUUCUGUACAUAUUUUUUAAGAUCUCUCAUUUAGUGUAUCCUUCAUGUUUUAAAGAAAAUUGACUGUUUAGAGUUUACAUAUUUGUGUAGGAAAAUUUUUUUUUACAUGCAGAAUGCAUAUUUGAACAAUUUAUUUAGUUUUAUUUGCUAGCUUGGUUUGUUUUGUAUUGUCUUUGAAUAACGUUUUAUUCUUUUUCUUUGAAUUAAUUUGUGUAAAUGUAUACUAAGAUAAAAGUAGUAGCAGGAACAUUGAAGAAUGAAUUAUUUUUUAAUAUUGCUUUUUUUUUCCUCCAUAGUUGCUUUGUUAUUUCACUUUUGGCUUUUUGCUCAAAGUUUCUUUACCUCGAUAUUGUCAUUCCAGGUGGUCUCGUAGUGUUCCACCUUUGCCAAAUAUAUUAUACAUGGGAUUCAAAGAAUGAAUUUAACAAUUUUGUUUUUUUUUUUUGCUUUCUCCGCCAUAAUAUAAUAUGUUGUUUUUCUUUUCAUAUUUUUUUCUCCACAUAAAAUGUUUGUCGCUGUCUACUAAUUUUUAGCUUAUGUUUUAAUAGUAAAUAUAAUGCUCUUGUCCGUUGAUAGUAAUGGAUUGAUUCGUUUUUAAAUUGGUAUA